CUUAAAUUUAGUGUAGUGUUAUAUAAAAAACUCCAUGUCCCACAAUGCAGCGGAAUGGAGGGGGUAAAUCGCGCCUGCGCACCAAGCUCUCUCUCUUUGGACCCACGUCUCCACUGAAAAGAUGGCCAAGCGCACUAAGAAGGUGGGGAUCGUUGGUAAAUACGGCACGCGUUACGGCGCGUCGCUGAGGAAGAUGGUGAAGAAAAUUGAGAUCUCCCAGCACGCUAAAUACACCUGCUCUUUCUGCGGCAAGACCAAGAUGAAGAGGAGGGCUGUUGGUAUCUGGCAUUGUGGGUCCUGCAGGAAGACAGUGGCUGGAGGCGCCUGGACGUACAACACAACGUCCGCUGUCACAGUCAAGUCCGCCAUCAGGAGACUGAAGGAGUUGAAGGACCAGUAAACCAGUGAAUCAAUCACUGGUGGAUAUGGGACUUAGUUUUCUAUAAAUUAACCGGCUGGACAUGACCAACGUCUCCAAAAUAAAGCGGUCUGGAGUGGAA